AUGUUUCCUAAUCUCAAAUUUCCCAAACGCUUCAGUUUUACAGCUUCAAUAGAUUGGUUAUGCCGCCAUUAUUUUGUCAAUGCAGGUCUUCGAUCUGUUAUAACUGAUUUAGGUGAUGUUAAUAAUGUCACAAACAUGCAUUGUUGGGUACCUAAGAUUCACAAAGCUUCUAAACCCAACCUCUUAUUGAUUCACGGGUUCGGAGCUAAUGCAAUGUGGCAGUAUGGUGAGCAUAUCCGCCAUUUCACCGCUCGUUUUAAUGUGUAUGUGCCCGAUCUUGUUUUCUUUGGUGACUCUUAUACAUGCAGCCAAGAACGAACAGAGUUGUUCCAAGCUGCAUGUGUAGUGAAGUUGAUGCAUGCCCAUGGGGUUAGAAAAACAAACAUUGUUGGGAUAAGCUAUGGCGGGUUUGUGGGGUAUAGUAUGGCGGUGCAAUGUCCAGAGAUGGUAGAAAAGUUGGUGUUAUGUUGUGCUGGAAUUUGCUUGGAGGAGAAAGAUUUGGAAAAUGGAUUGUUUAAUGUUUCUAAUGUAGAGGAGGCUUCAAGCAUAUUGUUACCACAAACACCUGAAAAACUGAAGGAGCUUAUGCGAUAUUCAUUCGCUAAGCCUGCUAAGGCAAUCCCUUCCUUUUUCCUCACCGAUUUCAUUAACGUAAUGUGUAAGAAUUAUGUAGAAGAGAAGAGAGAGUUGAUCAAGGCAAUAUUGACGAACCGACAACUAUCUAGUCUACCCAAGAUUGCACAGCCCACAUUAAUAUUAUGGGGAGAGGAAGAUCAAAUAUUUCCCUUGGAACUAGGGUACAGAUUAAAAAGGCAUAUAGGGAAUCACGGUCAACUAGUGAUUAUUAAGAAGGCUGGUCAUGCUGUGAACUUGGAACAACCCAAGGAGUUUAUAAAGCAUUUGAAAUCAUUUCUUUGUGACUUAUAUUGGUCUUCUCCACCAUCGCCAUCGUAG